AACUAGCCGUUCCCAUUUCCCAGCUGUCCAAACAACCCCUUAUUCUAGAGAGAGAAACUCAGACCUCAAAAAGAGAGAAAAAUCAACCAAAUUCAACUCAACUCUCAAACCAGCUGCCUACAUUAUUAUUUUUUCUAGAAAGAGAAACAAAAAUGGCCGACAGUAGAAAACUGAUACUCAUAAUAGCCGUUGGAUUACUCCUAGCUCUAAUCUCAUCCGUCGAUGCUGGGGUUGAUCUUGAUCCGACAAUGAUGGGGCUAUUCGGAGCCGGAUCUGGGUGCAAGGGUUCUAUUGGGGAGUGUUUGGGUGGCGGAGAAGAUGAGUUCGAGAUGGAUUCAGAAAUCAACAGGCGUAUAUUAGCAACAAACAACUACAUCAGCUAUGCUGCGCUGAACAGGAAUAGAGUACCAUGUUCAAGACGUGGGGCCAGUUACUAUAACUGCCGUCCAGGUGCCCAGGCUAACCCUUACUCUCGUGGUUGCAGCGCCAUCACUCGUUGUGCCAGACGCUAAACAUUCAAAAUUAAGUAAAAAUAUUUAUUAUUUUUAAUUUUCAUUUUCCUACCCCCAUUUCUUUAAUUUUCUCAACAAAAAAAAUGGAAAAAUUGUAAUUUUUAUUUUUAUUCUAUGAUUUGGGGUUUGUUUGGUAUACAUGGAUAAAAAAAAUCAAGAGAAAUUUUAAGA